UAUGCCCAACCAAUACAAAGAUGUAAUUGUCUCCACGGGCAAUUAACACAAAUAACAUACCUGUCCACCAUACAUAUGGGUAUUAAGAUAAUAUAUAUAUAGAUAGAAUGAAUCAAUUUAUUAAUAAUUAAAAUAUUAACGACUGUAGCAUAUGUAGGGGUGUUUUCACUACUGUCUUGGUUGAGCUUGUUGAGACGAUGACGUCUUCCUCUGGUGUGGCCAUCACUGUGUUGUUGCUGUUGGCGACGCUAUGCUGUCGGUGCCAGCAGAAUAGACGUUCCGUGGAUGGUGAUGAAGAUGAAGCUUAUCAUGGUCAGAGUGACUCCAGUAGAGAUGAUACUGAAGGGAAAGGAAUUGAAGUGGCUUAUUCGGAAAUGGUGGCACUGGUUUUGGGGAGGACAUUGGAUGUGGAGGUUCUUCUUGGUUUGCUUGAAGAAGUCAUGCUGAAGGCCGGCUAUGAUCUCAAUUUUGUUUCUGACAGUUCUGGAUUUGUGGCUGGAACUGUUAGGGUCUUCGCUAGAACCAGAGAUACAUCAGAGCCUAUUGGAGUAGAAGAGCUUUUUCGUUAUUUUGAGCUUGUCAAUGAUCAACUUGCACGGCUUGGAGUCGUGGCUAUAAUAGCUAUUGGGCAUAUUGUUCCUCCAGCAACAGAAAUGCGAACAGUUGUCGCACAAUUGCCACAUGUCAUUCUUUAUCCGAACACAAUUGAUGCAGUAGAGGGUGAAGUAGUUCUCUUUACAAGUUUGGCCAUCCCAGGUGACAGUGUAGGGUUCAAUUGGAAGCGACAGGAUGGGAAGUCUCUUCCAGCCAACUCAAGAAUAGAGAACUAUAAUGUAAGCUCAGUGCUUAAAAUCACUGGCGUGAUGCCUAGGGAUAGUGGACGAUACCAACUUACUGCGACUGGAUCUUCUGGACAAGUUCUUGUUCUGACAGUUAACUUGAAAGUCACAGCAUUAGAUUAUCGUUGUGAGUUCAAUUGUGGAGGGAAUGAAUGUAUUGCUAGAAAGCGAGUCUGUGAUAGUUACAGUGAUUGUUCGAAUGGGAAUGAUGAAAUUACAUGUGAUCCAAGACCUUAUGGCAGAUGUUUUCCAAAGGAAUUCUCAUGUACGGGACGGUGCAUUGACUUUCCCCGCGUUUGUGAUGGUACAGUAGACUGUGAUGAUCAAAGUGAUGAAGCAGCUGCUUUAUGUCUGCUAGCUGCACGGACUUGCCAGUCGGAUGAGUUUUCCUGUGCCCAAAAUCAAUGCGUCAAAAGAGAUUGGAUGUGUGAUGGAGAGUACGACUGCACAGGUGGAUCAGAUGAGCAAAAUUGUGGCUCGAUAGCUCCAGGAUCAUAUUGUCCUUCUACACACUUUCAGUGUAGAAAUCAUCAAUGUGUUCCACUCGCGCAAUUUUGUGAUGGCAGCAUGCAUUGUCUAGAUGGCACAGACGAGAGUAUCUGCAGUGAGCCUGUGUUCAGCGCCAGUCUGCCUGUCAGCUCAACUUUCAACGUCGGUGAAUCUCUCAGUUUGGUAUGUGAGGCUAGAGGAAGUCCAACACCAGACAUUACGUUUCUAAGAGAUGGGGAAAAGUUACCAUGCGAGUCUCGUAUUACCAUGACGUCAAAAGCGGGUAUUGGUCGGCUUGUUGUGCGUGAUUUCAACAGUAAAGACGCAGGUGUAUACACGUGUGAAGCAAGAAACAUGCGUGGUAGGAGGUCAAGCAUGGCCGUUGUCAAUUUUGUUGAUUCUGUGAUAGAACAAUGCAAUGAUCCUGAUCUCACGCAGGGAGUGCCUAAGAGAUCUGUGUACUAUAAAGUUGUUCCUGAUCCAAGCGGAAAGGCGUGUGUGGAUGUGGUCUUUCUUGUGGAUGAGUCAGGAUCCAUGAUGGACGAGCACGAAUGGUUGAAAUCCACAGUCCCCAAGUUGGAGCGUAGACUCAGUGAUAUCAGUAUAGGAGCAGGUUUAUUAAAAAAUCGAUACGGUCUCGUUGGUUUCGGUCGUGAGUUAAAGAAUCUUGCUUUGGGGCCUGGAGCAGUUAUACCUGUUGGUACUGAUUCCAGCGGAAUGGGGAGUGAUAAGGAAUUGGUUGUUGCUCUAGAAGAGUUGCGGUCGGAUGGUGUGUUUGAGGAUGGAUAUGCAGCCAUCGGUAUGGCUCUGGACCAGUUAACGUUUAGGUCGUCUUGUGCCCUUCAGUUUAUAUUGGUGACGGAUGAAGAUAGAGAUAUAUUCAAUGCAACCACGAACUACAAUUAUACGUUGGCGUGGCUGCGUCGUGCUGGAGCUACUCUCAAUGUUGUAGCUGAUCAGGCAUUUUUUAAUAGUGACGAAAAGCUGUUGGGAAUUAACUUUAGAGAUAAUGGUUUUAUCCAAGUUGCCAAGACAUACACAAAGAUGGCAGGGGCAUCUGUGGGAAAAGGAUAUGGAAGCACAUUUAGAGAUUACGUUCAAAUGGCUUUAGCUACCGAUGGUGCUGCUUGGGAUCUGAAUCGAUUGAGAAGAGGAGGCUAUACAGCGACCGCGUUUGCUUAAGCGUUUAUCAAUAUUAAUGUGGAGGAGCUCGAGA